UUAGAUAUGUUAUACUUGUUCACGUCAGUAUGGUUGUAGAUGAUAUUCGCAAUAACGGUGAUGCGGCUAUUAGAGACUAUACUGCAAAGAUCAAAGUUAAAUUGGAUAAGAUAGUUGUUGAAGUAUCUGAGCUUCCAGAUCAAGAGGGAAUCAAAUGUAAGUGUGUGGCAAGAAGUAUUGGUUCUGUAGGUCUUUAUGUUCCAGGAGGAACUGCAGUUUUACCUUCUACUGUUCUGAUGCUGGCACUUGUAAGUGGUUUCUUGAAAGUUUAG